AUAGCACCAACUUCAAAGCCCUCAACUAGCACAACAACUAGAAAAACUUUAGCUCCCCGCUUUCCUGUUGAUCCUAAUGAUCCGACUUUGUAUGCCGUUAGACCAACGACACCAAUGAACGGCGCUUCUCAAUACGGAAAUACUCCUACUACAAUGGUUACUUCUACCUCAAACAAUCAAUUAGGCAAUGAUAAAAAAUUUUUGAUUGGAGUCGGAUCACUUAGUAUUGUUGUUAUGCUUGGUGCCAUAUUACUCUGUGUCUUUUUUAAACGCCCUCAUCAGAUUUGUGCUCAAAUGGCAGCAGCAGCUGGAGGAGGUCAAGGAGGGACUAUUGGACAAUCUUCGACUAAUGGCCCAAAAUCUGGAUAUACACCGAUUCCUCCUAAUGAAUUUUCUCCUCAAGUUCAACACCAUCAAAUGAGAGAAUUCGAAAGUAAUAAUAAUGGAGUUGGUGCUCGCGUUGGAACUCUUGUGGGUUCAACUCAAAGUUUAUUACGUAAUGGAAGUGGAACAAUGGGGAAUGGAAACAGCGCUUCUGCUGUUGGAUUUACUGAUAGAUCAGGGGCAAGAUUUACAACAAUAUUAGCUCAAGGGAAUGGAGGAACUCCACGAGAAACAAUUGCAAUUUCAAGAGAAGCUCAACAACCUAAAAGAGAAUUUAAAGAGUGGUAUGUCUAG